GAACCUUACAGCAACCAAGAUUUUGGGACCCAUUCCCUCCACCAUCUCAGCUCUCCAUAAACUUGAAGAUUUGACCCUAUCCAACAUCAGCAUUUCGGGGUCCAUCCCCUCUACCAUCUCCGGCCUCUCCUCUCUCACCUACUUUGAAGUGACGUGUCCAACACUCGCCUCAGCGGCACGAUCCCCAGCACUAUUGGACGGCUCACCAAUCUCGCGUACUU